AUGGCCGCGCUUUGCUUAUUGGCCCUGUUUGUAGGGGCAGCUGCUACUUCUGCAAAUGACGACUGUCCGGAGAGCUCCUUCGACGUGAGAAUGCUGCAACUGGAAACCAGCGUCUCAGGAACAAAUACCCACCUCAAGAAAGGACAAGCGAGAAAUCUCACAAACUGCGGACAUUUGAUUCAAGAGACAUGCGAUCCAGAUGCCAAUGCUUUCUGCUCCAACAAUUGCAAGGUUCAUACGCACGGACAGGAUUGCUACCGGCCAGUUCCAGACGUCAUGGCCGAACAUCCUGGGGAGGAUGGCUAUUGCUACUUCAAUCAAACUGGCUUUUGGGUGUCGCCUCUACCAGUGCCACCCAAUUUUGAAACAUCCUCCAUCCAGGGCAUUCUCGGGCUCAGAGGUGCGGAUUAUCAUGGUAAAGAUCAAGGUCCUUUGAUCACAUUUCACUUCGAGGGCCAGGUGCUUACAACUUAUAUGGACUUGCCGCACUACAGCUAUGAUGAUCUCUAUGGGUAUUCGCUAGGGUACCUGCAGAACCAGGGCUUGGAUGCUGUAAUGAUGAAGAACAGCAGCUUUUGGAUUGAGAGGUCGAAGCAGAAGUGCUUGGAGAUCCAAGAGACGUAUCACUUUCAGAACGAAUCUGGGCCAAAACACGUCAAUCAAGCCACACGAAAUUCGAAGAUUGCACGUUUGGGCUUGGGAUUCAUUUUCAUCAACCAUUUAGGGCGGGAAAUUUUUCGGAGACACGCAGCUAUGCCUUUGGACUUUCGAACCAGAAGUACGUCACUUCUUUCGCCUCCGGCGCUCAGGAAGAGCUGGUCUUGGCCGAUUGGCUGGAUGACAACAUCGUGCUUGCCACAAAGGUGUUGUGCAGCGCCAAUAUCACGGCAGAAUUUCAGGCGCCGGCGAUCCGGGAGAAGGCCAACUGGAAGAGCCUGCAGGAUUGUGAACCCAUCACCGCAAAAGACUUUGCAAAACAUCAUUACAUCAAGUGCCUUCUGGGAUACCCCAACUCUGCUUCGGAUGGUGCAUAUUUGA